AAGCUCAUCACAUAUUAUUAUUCACUCUAUCUUCGCUGUUCCGCACUACUCUCUCUUAUCUCCUCUCCUCAUCACUUUUAACUUUGAAAGAAAAACUUUUUUUUAGCUCCAUCUCAAGCAACCAUGUUGUCUCUUGUUUCUUACAUUCUAUUCUCCCCCUGUUGCCUCCGAACCAACACACAACUUUUCUCUUCCACAACCUUAAAACAAACCUCAUCACUUUAAUUUCCUCCCUUAUCCUUUGAUCUCUCUGUCUCUCUCUCUUCCAAACCUUUCAACAACAAAAAAAUUUAAAGCCAAGUGACAAUUUCUUAAUCUCAAUUUCAUGCAUUUUUAAGGUGGUGGUCCGCCGGCUUUGCUUCUUCUAAGGUAGUUCUAGGGCCCCAUCCUCUUUAUUUCCAGCUUUAAUUUCUUCUUCAUAUUACCCUUUCUUUUUCUCUCCCACCCCACAUAAGAUUUAUUGUUUAAUUGUGAGGCAAGCAAAAGAUUUUUUGAGUGUACUAGCUGAUUGCCUUUGUUUAAGGUUACAUAAACGUAGUUCAGCUAUUUUUUUCAUCUUAUUAGAGUUUUUCUAACUUGUACUUUCCUCCUAUGUUCAUGUGUAAACCAUAGGAUUACCACAUAAGAAAAUAGGGUUAGGGUUUCUUAACUAGUCAUUUAGGUUAAGUUAAUUAGGGUUUUACUUAAGUAUGGCAUUAGCUGGUGAAGAAAAGGAAAUGAGAAUGCCAGGUUCUUUAGGGUAUCAUUCACUUGAUCGAAACACAGAUCAAGGAGGCAACAACCACCUCCCACCCAACAUUCAAGAUCACGAAAAAUCCUCUGGUGGAGGUGCAACGCCAGCUGUCGUUGGCGUUGCACCGUAUAAUUCCGCUGCCAGUGGCGGUGGAUCUAAUAAAAUUAAGGUAACAGCAAGAGCUAGGUACCGUGAAUGUCUCAAAAACCAUGCUGCUAACAUUGGCGGAAAUGUUACUGAUGGAUGUGGUGAGUUCAUGCCGAGUGGUGAAGAAGGAACUUUGGAGGCAUUGAAAUGUGCUGCUUGUAACUGUCACCGUAAUUUCCACAGGAAAGAACAGCCGAACAAUGAGAAUAAUAAUGCCGGCAUUAUGGUUGUGCAUCCACUACAGCUUCCUCAACCGCUUCCUUCUCCGAUACCAUCGUUGAAUCAUCACCACCAUCAACACGGCGGAAGGUCUAUUUGGACUGCCAUGCCACCUCAGCCUGUCAAAAUGGCGUUCGGAGGUAGCGGGGGUAGUGGGGCUACGGACUCAUCAAGCGAAGAAAUCAACUUCAACACUUAUCAUCAGCAGGCAACUUCACUGCCUCCACAACCUCAACCACCAUAUGUGUUGGCUAAGAAAAGGUUUAGGACAAAGUUCAGUCAAGAACAGAAGGAAAAAAUGUUGGAAUUUGCUGAAAAGCUAGGGUGGAGAAUUCCAAGAGAAGAUGACACUGAAGUACAAAGAUUCUGCUCUCAAGUUGGUGUGAAGAGACAGGUUUUUAAGGUUUGGAUGCAUAAUAAUAAGAACCCUUCUGCUAAAAAGAACACACAAGAAGAUCAACCUUUAAUUAAUUAAGAGGGAAAAACGAAAUUUAUCGGGAUUUGGCUUCUGCUUAUGUAAUCUUACUAGGAAUCGUACGGUGCUAGCCAGCUUUUUUUCUAUGUAGCAUUAUUGUAACUAAGGAACCCCUUAAUCAGAUUUUGUUGUUGUA